CAAAACUCAAUAGAUGGAGACACAGAGAGAAACAGAGAAAGGAAUAAACAGAGAAUUUUUGAAAUAAGAGAGAGAAGGUUGUGAAAAAACAUGGGAGAUGUUGUAGUUUUUGUGGAUGAUUUGAAAUCAAAUUAUGCAUUUUCAUACUGUAGAAUUUGCCAUGAAGAAGAAUUACAGAGCUGCAAGAGCUUGGAAGCUCCUUGUGCUUGUUCAGGAACCGUUAAGUUUGCACACAGGGAUUGUAUACAGAGGUGGUGUAACGAGAAGGGCAACACCACUUGUGAAAUAUGCCUCCAGCAAUAUGAGCCAGGAUACACAGCACCUUCUAAGAAGUCUCAGUCGUUGGUUGAUGAAGCAGUAACCAUUAGUAACAGAGAUGGCUUGCAAAUUCCAAGAGGAGAAGAAGAGACAAGAAUAAGGCCAAGAUUAGUAGCCAUAAGUGAGUAUCCCGAGUGUACAUCCGCCGCACACAGAAGUGCAUCUUGCUGUCGAUCACUGGCUCUAACUUUUACAGUGGUCUUGCUAAUGAAACAUAUGUUUGCCGUGCUUCAUGGUGGUACGGAAGAUUACCCCUUCACACUUCUUACUGUACUUAUUCUAAGGGCUACUGGAAUUAUUUUCCCAAUGUUGAUAUUGAUGCGGACAAUCACAGUAAUUCAAAAUAGUAUCCGGAGGCAGUACCAGUACCAGUACCAGUACCAGGAUUCUGAUGAUGACACCUCAAACUUUAUUGGAGCCAGUGAAGAUGAAGAGCAGCAUCAUUCAGUCUAAGGCCAAUCCUCCUAAAGUAGUCUAUCAUUAUUUAAAUUUGAAUUAGAGCCUUGUAUCAAUGUUCACUGUCAAAAUUCCCCCUUUUUGGGAUACAAAUGAAAAAAAAAAAAAAAAAUUCCUUCAUGAAAAAUUCAGAUCAGGUAGAUCCCUAUUUGCAUUUUGCACUA